AUGGUUUUGUGUCUGAUCGUUGGCUGUGGCAGCAAAAGUGGACGAGAUAAAGGGUUGUACUUUGCAAGGGUGCCUUCUGUGGUCACAAAUCAAGGCGAAGAGGCACAGAAACUAUCUGAAGAAAGAAGAUCGCGCUGGAUUUCAGCGAUAAGCCGUGAUGAUCUGACCGAAGAGAUCUUAGAAAACGAUCGUGUGUGCGUAAAGCAUUUUGUUUCAGGAAGGGCAGCUAAGAGCUGGGAUAAAUUUAAUAUUGACUGGGUUCCGACAUUGCUUUUGGGACACAAGAAAGCAACUGAUCGAGCAGAUCAUAAAGAAGCGGCGGCAAAACGAAGCGAGAGAGCGAGGGAACAUGAACUGGUGAAGAAGCCGGCUUUUGAAAAGAGAUCAAGAGUUAGAACUAGAGCGAAUGGCGAAGAGAAACUUAAUGAGCCCGGUGAACAGGUUUCAAACCUCAGCUUUAAAGGAAAUGAGGACGAAGAGAAAAAAUUGACAGUUGAAGCUGGCACACAAACUGAAGAGUUUGAAUAUUUAUUCAGCUCUCUAAACAUUGACCGGAAACCAUUUGAUUGGUGGGAAUUUGUACAAAACGAAGAAAAAGCUAAAUUCUACACUGGAUUGCCUUCCUUCGAUAUCCUGCAAAAUGUUUUCGAACAUGUUUCUCCGUUUGUUGCUUACAAGUCCCAGAAUCUGACCACAUUUCAAGAGUUUGUCAUGACUUUGAUAAAACUUAAACUUGACGCACCACAUCAAGAUCUUUCAUAUCGCUUCAAUGUCUCCCUUUCAACAGUUUCAAGGAAUUUUUUCAUCCUGGAUGGUAGCGCUAGAUGUACGCCUGGCUCCACUUAUCAACUGGCCUGA